GGCUUUAUAAUUAACUUUGAUUAUUUAUGCAGGACUGAUCCAUACAAAGAACGAUAUUGAAGGCAAAAACGAGUGCAGGUGUUUUGUGAUUUCUAAACAGUGUACCCAACUUUCUUUUAAACGAAUCUGGGUCUGUGCGGAUUUUGCAAUCUGCAAAAAAACAUAAAAUUUCUUAUAACAUCAAACGAUUUAGGGAGUUGGGCAACACCACAAGUAAAAAAUUAAAAAAACCUCAACUGUGAACAGUCUAUUCGUCCUUAUUGCUCUUGAACUUUUAGAGAAGGAACGUCGGAAGACUUGAAAGUCUAACCCCAAUGUUUCAAAUGCAUGUGCAAUAUAAAGCCCGAAAGUAAAUUAAGCAAAAAAACCCACUAAAGUAUGGAAAAAAAUAAAAUGAAAUACAAAAAGCGCAAAUCCGGAAAGUCCAAAAUAUCUUUUGACGAAGAGGUCGUAACCAAGGAUAGUGCCAAAGAUUUAAAUCCUGCAUACUGCAAAUUGCCCAUUUCCAACUCAACUACUAAAGAAACCGAGCCUGAAGGCAAGAAAAAAACCAAAAGGAAACGAAAAGCCAAGGAAGCCCCAGCCGAUGUUUCAAAUGACCAAAAACCCAAGAAGAAAAAGCGACCAGUUGAAGAACAGACUAUAGAAGACAAUGGGACCGUUCAGGAAAGUCUAGAAGCCGAAAUCCCCGCUGCAAAAGAGUCGGUAAAGCCACAAAAGGAAUCUAUUAGAUCCCGAAAGCGCAAAAAGCAGGCAAAGCUACUAGAAGACAAAAAAAACAAGGUCGAGCUGGAUUUGCAACAAAAGUCCCUCAACUACCUCUCCAAAUGGAAACAUAGUAAAACUGAAUGGAAAUUUGAAAAACUCAAGCAAAUUUGGCUGCAACAAAACCUGCUCGAUCUACAGAAAAUUCCCAAUGAGUUUUGGGAAACGGUUGUAGAGUACUUUAGCAGCUCUAAAGGAAUGUCCAGGAAAUCCGUUCUAGAUCAAGCCAUCAAGUUUAUAGAGGAGGAUGAAAACGUCGCAAAAGAAGAACAGGAAGAGGACUAUAAAGUGAAGCUGCAAAGGGCCCGGGACAUAGUCCAAUACCUACAGUAAUGUUUGAUUUUUAAAUAAUACACCAAACAUUUACACAAAAGUUUUUGUCAGGUGAAUAUGUUACAAAUAAAUACGAGGAACAAUUGUCUUGUA